GUGUUAUUCAUCAAUAUUUUCCCAAAGAAAAAAAGACUACAGAAGUAGAAGUUUGAUUCUUCAUUUUUAUAAUGUUUUACGUAGAAAACAACACGGAAACUUCAUAGAAAACAAAGCUAGUAACCCCUAAUUCAAAUCUAAACACACAGUAGUUAUCGAUCAUUAUCACUACUUAGCAACUUCACACCAUUCUCAUUUUCCUCGCCAGGGGAGAAAAUUAGCAAAAUGUAAAUAAAUCAGCAUCAACCAAAUUAGAACAAUGUUUCCCCUCCAAUGCAGCAACCACCCCAUGUGCGCUUUCUCCGCCGCCGUCACCACCAUCCUCCUCCUAUUCCCGGCAGCGACAUCCCAAGCCCAGAUUCUAAAAAAGGAAACUUACUUUUUCGGUCCCUUCAACCAGUCCUACUUCACCACGUUCGCGGUGUUGCCCAGCGCCGCCAUCAACCUCGGCGCCCUCCAAGUAACUCCGGACAGCACCGGCAACGUGUCCCUCGCCAACCAGUCCGGCAGAAUCUUCUUCAGCACCCCCUUCACCCUCUGGGACGAUGAAAACUUAAACGGAAAACUCGUUUCCUUCAACACCUCCUUUCUCAUCAACGUUUUCCGUCCCCAAAACAACCCUCCCGGCGAAGGCAUCGCGUUCCUCAUCGCGCCGUCUUCCUCCACCGUCCCUAACAACAGCCAUGGCCAGUUCCUCGGCCUCACCAACGCCGCCACCGACGGCAACGCCACCAACAAGUUCAUCGCCGUCGAACUUGACACCGUGAAGCAGGACUUCGACCCCGACGACAACCACAUCGGGUUAGACAUUAACAGCGUCAGGUCCAACGUUAGUGUCUCACUUACCCCCUUGGGGUUCGAGAUCGCGCCCAACGUCACGCGCUUCCACGUGCUGUGGGUGGAUUACGACGGUGACCGGAAGGAGAUUGACGUGUACAUCGCGGAGCAGCCAGAUAAGGAUGUUCCCAUUGUUGCGAAACCGGCAAAGCCGGUUUUGAGUUCCCCUCUAGAUCUUAAACAGGUCCUGAACAAGGUUUCUUAUUUUGGGUUCUCAGCUUCCACCGGUGACAACGUUGAACUAAACUGCGUGCUGAGGUGGAACAUUACUAUUGAGGUGUUUCCUAAAAAGAAUGGAAAUGGAAAAGCAUAUAAGAUUGGUUUAAGUGUCGGGUUGACUCUGUUGGUUCUUAUUGUGGCGGGUGUUGUUGGGUUUAGGGUUUAUUGGAUACGAAAGAAGAAAAGGGAAAAUGAGUCUCAGAUUUUGGGAACCCUAAAGAGUCUACCUGGAACUCCCAGAGAGUUUAGGUAUCAGGAGCUGAAGAAAGCGACAAAUAAUUUCGAUGACAAGCAUAAGCUUGGACAGGGUGGAUACGGCGUCGUUUAUAGAGGGACACUUCUUCCCAAGGAGAAUCUUCAAGUGGCCGUUAAGAUGUUCUCCAGAGAUAAGAUGAAAAGCACUGAUGAUUUCUUGGCCGAACUCACCAUUAUCAAUCGCCUCCGUCACAAAAACCUUGUUCGCUUACUCGGAUGGUGUCACAGAAACGGGGUGUUGCUCUUAGUGUACGAUUACAUGCCUAAUGGAAGUUUGGACAACCACAUUUUCUGUGAGGAAGGUAGCAGCACUACACCACUAAGUUGGCCUCUAAGGUACAAGAUCAUCACAGGGGUGGCUUCUGCAUUGAACUACCUACACAACGAGUAUGAUCAGAAAGUGGUACACAGAGACCUUAAGGCCAGCAACAUCAUGCUGGAUUCGAACUUCAAUGCCCGGUUAGGCGACUUCGGCUUGGCGCGGGCAUUGGAGAACGAUAAAACAUCAUAUGCAGAGAUGGAAGGAGUGCAUGGCACAAUGGGGUACAUUGCGCCCGAGUGCUUUCACACGGGGAGGGCAACAAGGGAAUCUGAUGUAUAUGGUUUUGGAGCAGUGUUACUUGAGGUGGUGUGUGGUCAGAGACCAUGGACAAAGAAUGAGGGGUAUGAGUGCUUGGUGGAUUGGGUAUGGCACCUGCAUCGUGAGCAAAGGAUACUUGAUGCAGUGAAUCCUAGACUUGGGAAUGACUGUGUGGUUGAAGAGGCAGAGAGGGUCCUGAAAUUGGGACUGGCAUGCUCUCACCCCAUUGCAAGUGAGAGACCAAAGAUGCAAACUAUUGUUCAGAUCUUAUCAGGUUCAGUGCAUGUGCCUCAUCUUCCACCUUUCAAGCCAGCUUUUGUGUGGCCAGCUAUGGAUCUUUCAAGCCUUGCAAGUGACCUCACAACACAAACUACAACAACUGAGUACACACCCAUGAGCAGUGACACACAUUCUAUGCAUGUUCAAUUCUCUGAUAGCAGCUCUCUGGUCUAAAUUAAAACACCAUGCAUUCCAACUUGAUCCCCUCUUUGAAAACAACCUUUUUUUUUUUGUGUGUGUGUUUAUGUUGGUAAGUCCUUCCACUUUUAAUUCUUUCUCUUCCAAAGAAAACAAAAUGGAAGAAAAUUUCUUCAAACUUUUCCUUUUCUAAAACAAAUCUUAAUUUGAUUUGAUUUUUAAGUAAUGAAGUACAGAUUCUCUUGUAAUUUCUUUUUUUUUUUCCUCUAAUUUUUAUUGGAAAGGAAUGAAAUCGGGGUAUCUGCAAAUUUUGAUGGAA